CAGGAGAGAGGGGAGGGGCCAGUAGGUGAGCAGGUGUAUAAAUGCGGAACAGGUAAGUUGACGACAACCUGGACCUGGACUUAAAAUCUGAGAGAAGACAAGGCUACCCGGCAAACAGAAAGUUGCAGUGAUGAUGAAGGGGUUCAUGUCUGUACUCUUGGUCCUGGUGGCUGUCUCAUCUUCUUGGGGAAAACCUGAAAAGUCCACACCCCAGGUUCAGAAGAGGGUCCCUCAGACACUAUCUAGAGGGUGGGGAGACCAGCUAAUCUGGUGUCAGACCUAUGAAGAAGCACUGUACAAAUCCCAAGCCAGUAACAAGCCCCUAAUGGUCAUCUUUCACCUGGAUGAUUGUCCCCACAGCCAGGCUCUUAAGCAGGUGUUUGCCAACAACAAAGAAAUUCAGAAAAUGGCAGAUGAGGACUUCAUCCUUUUGAACCUUGUGUUUGAAACUGUAGAUAAGCAUCUCAAUCCUGAUGGCCAGUAUGUCCCCAGGAUCAUUUUUGUUGACCCUUCUCUCACUGUAAGAGCUGAUAUCAUAGGAAGAUAUUCAAACCGUAUGUACGCAUAUGAACCGAAUGACAUAAAACAAUUGUUAGCCAAUAUGCAGGCAGCGAAGAAGCUGCUAAAGACAGAGCUGUGAUUGGUUCAGCCUGGAUUUGUCCUUUUACAAAUGUGACCUCUGGGAGUUCCCAUAAUCCUCUUGAGGGUGGGAUUUUAACAUCACUCAUGUUGAAAUGUUUACUUACACGAAGCCAAGCACUGGAUUGUCACAUCUUCAGUUUCAAUGGACAAAAUAUUUGUUGAAAUAUCCUACGACAGCUUGUCUUUUUACUGCACUGUCAUGUUAGUAAAAUCUCCUGUUGAAACUACAAUUUUUUAUUAAAAAAUAUUUGUCUACAGUUCAUUCUUGUUUGUAUUAAAGCAACAUACCAGUUUUCAAAAUAUUCCCUGUCAAGAAAUGCCUUGAUAUUUAUUUUGGCAGUACUCCUGUACAUUGAAUUGUUUCAGCUGGCUAUUUAUGUAUUUGUAGUAUGGUGGUAUGAAUGUUCAAGAGAUUCAUUAGCAGUCUGAAGUAACAGAAAUAAAUGUUGACUUCCUAUCACAAAGAAAAUAAUUCAGUAAUCAUUCUAUAACAUUAAAAAUGUCCUUUUACUGAA